GUGGACGUGUCAUUUGUGGACGGUUCGCUGGCGGCGUUGCGCAGGUUCAUUUUUGUAAAAGUCCAGUUGGAGUCUUAUUAUUGAACAAAAGUUGAAUGGUUUUGAUCGAUUAGAUCAGUUAUUUUUUUAGUUAGGAUAGUUAAAACACAAUAAAUCAAAAUGGGAAUAAAAUUCCUUGAAGUUAUAAAGCCGUUCUGCAGUAUAUUACCCGAAAUAGCGAAACCGGAGAGGAAGAUUCAAUUUAGAGAAAAAGUAUUAUGGACUGCAAUCACACUAUUUAUUUUCUUAGUAUGCUGCCAGAUACCAUUAUUUGGUAUAAUGUCUUCGGACAGUGCAGAUCCCUUCUACUGGAUUCGAGUCAUUCUAGCCUCCAACAGAGGAACGCUUAUGGAACUGGGAAUCUCACCAAUUGUGACAUCAGGCCUCAUUAUGCAACUGUUAGCAGGAGCUAAAAUUAUUGAGGUUGGCGAUACACCAAAAGAUAGGGCACUGUUCACUGGAGCUCAAAAAUUAUUCGGUAUGGUGAUCACAAUUGGUCAAGCAAUUGUGUAUGUCAUGACUGGCAUGUACGGCGAACCAAGUGAGAUUGGAGCUGGUGUCUGCCUGCUCAUCAUCAUCCAGCUGUUUGUAGCUGGUCUUAUUGUGUUGCUGUUGGACGAACUAUUGCAAAAAGGAUAUGGUCUUGGCUCUGGAAUUUCCCUGUUCAUUGCCACAAACAUCUGUGAAACCAUUGUGUGGAAGGCAUUCUCACCUGCUACUGUUAAUACUGGUCGUGGUACGGAGUUCGAAGGCGCCGUCAUCGCCCUCUUCCACUUGUUGGCGACUCGGCCGGACAAAGUCAGGGCUCUGCGUGAGGCUUUCUACCGCCAGAACCUGCCCAACCUGAUGAACUUGCUUGCCACCGUGCUCGUGUUUGCUAUAGUCAUAUACUUCCAGGGCUUCAGAGUGGAUCUACCAAUCAAGUCAGCCCGCUACCGUGGCCAAUACUCUUCCUACCCAAUCAAGCUGUUCUACACUUCAAACAUACCUAUCAUCUUGCAGUCUGCUCUCGUUUCUAAUCUUUAUGUCAUCUCACAGAUGCUGGCCGUGAAGUUCAGCGGCAACUUCCUGGUGAACCUGUUGGGCGUGUGGGCGGACGUGGGCGGCGGCGGGCCGGCGCGUGCCUACCCGGUGGGCGGCCUGUGCUACUACUUCAGCCCGCCCGAGUCGCUGGCGCACAUCGCGCACGACCCGCUGCACGCGGUGCUCUAUAUAUUCUUCAUGCUCGGCUCGUGCGCCUUCUUCUCCAAGACGUGGAUAGACGUGAGCGGCUCCUCGGCUAAGGACGUCGCCAAGCAGCUUAAAGAACAACAAAUGGUGAUGCGCGGUCAUCGCGACAACUCGAUGAUCCACGAGCUCAACAGAUACAUCCCGACCGCGGCCGCCUUCGGUGGUCUCUGCAUCGGAGCUCUCUCAGUGCUGGCCGACUUCCUCGGCGCCAUCGGUUCCGGAACCGGAAUCCUGCUCGCCGUCACAAUCAUCUACCAGUACUUCGAGAUCUUCGUCAAGGAACAGGCGGAGAUGGGCGGCAUGAGCACGCUCUUGUUCUAAGUUAAUUGUAGGGACGACUCGCGCGGGGUUGUGCGGAUGCGGGUUUGAAAAUGGAACUUCAAUUGGAACGGCGCUGACAGCGCGCCAAAUAAAACCAGCCUGUUUAAAUCGAUAGACUUCUCUAAUACUGUAUAAUCUGUAUCCGCAACAAGAUUUCAUCGACCCUGGAUAAUAAGCGAAUUAUUUAGUUAUAAAUGUUGUAGUGUGAGAUUUCUUAGUACGCGCGUGUCUGUUCCGGUUUAGUGUGCGAACGAGUGGGUUAUGUGCUAUUUAUAUGAGAUGAACUUUAUAAUAAAUAAUUUACGACACG